CUCGAGUCUCGAGUCUCGACUAUUGAGUUUUUACUGCUGCUUAGCUGUUUCUUCUGUAUACCCAAUCUUAUUUUCCACUAUUUUUCUUUGAAUAUUUUUUCUAUAAUUCUCCCGAUCUCAUUACCUUCUUUCCUUAAAUUUGUCCUGUUAAUAAUAAAGCUCUGUUUCUUCCACUUAAACUCACCAGCAGCAACCUAAAACCCCCAUCACUCAAAUUUCUUUUUAAAAACCCAAUAAUUUCUGCUUCAGACAGGAAUCUUUGCUCUCCUUUAUUGGAAAACUUCAGUAUUACUUAACAUCCAUUUUAGAUUUUUGAGAUAUUUCAGAAAACUUGGUUUUUCAAUCUGGGUUUAUUCCAAUUUGUUAAAGUUCUCAGCCUUUUUCAAGGUUUUUAUUGAUUCCUACUUCAGAUAUAGUAAGAACCCCAAUUCUACUUAGUACCCAUCUUUAGAUGUAAGAGAUAAAUUCAGAAAACCUGUUAUUUCAAUCUGGGUUAGUACCAAUUUGUUGAAGUUUUUGUUUGGAUGGUGCUGCUGUAAAUGGGUUCUCUUGAAAAUGGGGUUUUGUUGAAGAAAGAUCAACAUCAUAGUAUUGGGAUUGGGAUUGGGAGAGUGUCUUCUUUCUCAAAACAGCAAAAACCCAGAUCGAGAUUUUCAAGGUUUUUGCUGUCUAAAAGAUUAGGCUACUUGCAAUGGAUUUCCACCAUUGUUGUUUUCUCCAUCUUCUUGGUUUUCUUCCAAGCUUUCUUACCUGGUUCAGUGGUGGAGAGACCUGGGAAUUUACGAAAAGAUUUGGAUUUACUUGGUGAUGAUUUGAUGUACUUGAAAGGGAUUAUUAAGGAGCUUGAUUUUGGUGAAGAUGUUAAGUUUGAGCCAACAAGGUUGUCGGCUAAGUUCCAGAAGGAAGCUGCCGAGUUUAAUUUGUCUUCUGGGUUUAAAAGAGGGAUUAGAUUUGGUUAUAGGAAGCCCAAGCUUGCUUUGGUUUUUGCGGAUCUGGGUGUAGAUCCAUAUCAGAUACUAAUGACGACUGUGGGGACUGCACUUCAAGAGAUUGGUUACACAAUUGAGGUAUUUACAAGUGAAGAUGGUCUUGCGCACGCUUUGUGGCAACAUAUUGGAGUUCCAGUAACCACUAUUGAAACCAAAGACCGCUGUAGAAGUAAUGUGGAUUGGCUAAACUAUGAUGGUAUACUACUUAAUUCACUCGAGGGGAAAGAAAUCCUUUCUUGUUUUAUGCAGGAACCUUUCAAGUCAUUACCCCUUGUUUGGACAAUCCAUGAAGACCUACUUGCAACUCGUUUGAACCAGUACACCGUGAAUGGAACAAUUGAAAUAUUAAAGGAUUGGAAGAAGAGCUUCAGCCGUGCUAGUGUGGUUGUAUUUCCAAAUUAUGCGCUUCCGAUGAUUUAUUCAAAAUUUGAUACGGGAAACUACUUCGUCAUUCCGGGUUCUCCGACAGAAGCAUGGCAGGCAGAUAGUUUAACAGCCCUCAAUCAAGAGCAGCUCCAUGCCAAGAUGGGUGUUGAUGCUGACGAUUUUGUUGCUGUUAUUGUGGGAAGUCAGUUUAUGUACAAAGGUUUAUGGCUGGAGCAGGCCCUUAUUUUGCAGGCUUUAAAACCACUUCUAACAGAAUUUCCAACUGACAACAGUUCCAAUUCUGGUUUCAAAAUCUUUGUUUUAAGUGGAGAUUCAACUGGUAACUACACCAAGGCCGUAGAGGCCAUUUCUGCGAGUCUGAAUUAUCCAAAGGGUAUAGUGAAGGUUGCUGACCGUGAUGCAAGUGCAGAUGAUGUUCUCAGGAUUGCCGACCUUGUCAUUUAUGGAUCAUUCCUUGAAGAGCAGUCAUUUCCAGAUGUCUUAAUUAAAGCCAUGUGCUAUGAGAAGCUCAUAAUUGCCCCUAAUCUGUCCAUGAUACAGAAAUAUGUUGAUGACAGGGUGAAUGGCUAUGUUUUCCCAAAGGAGGAUGUUACAGUCUUAACUUCCAUUAUAUCCAAAGUUGUUUCAAGGGGAAGACUGACACCUCUAGCUCACAAUGUCGCUUCAAUUGGGAAAGGAACUGCUAAAAACCUCAAGUCAAUGGAAGCUGUUGAAGGUUAUGCAUCACUACUAGAAAAUAUCCUUAAACUACCAUCGGAAGUUGCUGCCCCAAAGUCUGCUGCUGAAAUCCCUUCCAAAUACAAAAAUGAAUGGCGGUGGAACCUCUUAAAUAUGAUUCCUGAUGCGACCUAUAGAACCAGAAAUGUUAGUGUUUACUUGGACAAGAUCGAAGAGCUGUGGAGUCGUAAUAAGACAGAGCCUACAGAUUCCACCUCUGCUAAGGAUGAGGAUUUUUUAUAUAGCAUUUGGGAGGAACAGAGACAAUUAGAUAUUGCUAAUGCUAGAAAAAGAAGAGAAGAUGCAGAGCUAAAGGAUAGAUCUGAUCAGCCUCGGGGAACGUGGGAGGAUGUAUAUAGAAAUUCCAGAAGGGCAGAUCACUUGAAGAAUGAUCUGCAUGAAAGGGGUGAUGGAGAGCUUGAAAGGACAGGUCAACCAUUGUGUAUAUAUGAACCGUACUUUGGGGAGGGAACCUGGCUUUUUUUGCAUCACAAACCACUUUAUCGAGGAAUCGGUCUGGCUUCAAAAGGGCGUAGACACGGAACAGAUGAUGUGGAUGCAUCCUCUCGUCUUUCUGUUCUCAGCAAUCCUUAUUACCGAGAUUUGCUUGGAGAAUUUGGAGCCUUCUUUGCGAUUGCUAAUCGAGUUGAUCGUGUCCACAAAAAUGCCUGGAUAGGGUUCCAAUCUUGGAGAGCAACAGCUAGAAAGGGAGUAUUGUCUAAGACUGCGGAGAAAGCACUGGUUGAAGCUAUUGAAGCACGAGAACACGGGGACACAUUCUACUUUUGGGUUCGGAUGGAUUUGGAUCCUAGAAACCCCCGAAACCUAGAUUUUUGGUCAUUUUGUGAUGCUGUAAAUGCUGGUAAUUGUAGGUCUGCAUUUUCGGAUUCUUUUAAAAGGAUGUACGGCAUUAAGCAAGAUUGGGAUUCUCUUCCACCCAUGCCUAUGGAUGGAGAUACAUGGUCUGUAAUGCACAGCUGGGCCCUACCAACUAGGUCAUUUCUAGAGUUUACCAUGUUUGCAAGAAUGUUUGUUGAUGCAUUGGAUGCUCAAAUGUAUGAAGAACACCAUCGAAGUGGGCACUGUUAUUUUAGCUUAUCCACAGACAAGAAUUGUUACUCACGGGUUCUUGAGCUGCUCGUAAACGUUUGGGCAUACCACAGCGCGAGGCACAUAGUAUAUAUCAACCCAGAAAAUGGCAAGAUGCAAGUACAGCAUGGAUUACAGAAUAGGAGAGGUCACAUGUGGCUCAAGUUCUUUUCUUUCCGCACACUUAAAAGCAUGGAUGAGGAGUUAGCAGAGGAAGCAGACUCUGAAGAAAAGAAAAGGCGAUGGUUAUGGCCUAAAACAGGCGAGAUCAUCUGGCAGGGUGUGUACGACAAGGAGAGAGAUGCAAAACAAAAGGAGAAAGCCGAGAGAAAGAAGAAAAGCAAGGAGAAAGUUCAGAGGAUAAAAUCACGCAACUCUAAACAUAUGAAACCCAUUGACAAGUAUGUAAAACCACCACCAGAGGAAAUUUCACAGAUUACUACUACUAGUAGUAUAACUAACAGUAGUAGUGCUUCAGGUGUGGCAAGGAGAUAGUAUUUGGUUUUCCUUUCCAGUUUCAGUUUCAGUUUCCUGCAUUGGGUUGCUGCUAAAAAUAGGUUAUAGUUUUAAUGAUUCUUUUUGUAUCAAUAUUUUAGUUCAUUCUCCUAUUUGUAAAAAAAAGGAUGCACACGUUUGUAUAUGGAGAAUAGGUGAGGGGAGGGAAGAAGCAGUGCAUCCUUUUAGGGUAUUGAUGUCAGAUAAAUUCAUUAUUUUUAGAUGAUGCCUGUUUUUUCUGUGUGAA